CUAGCACGUCAUCAAAAUGCGCUAUAUUAUUCCAGCACGAGCCUUUUGACAGCUAUAAAACAUAGGCUGAAUUAAAUCAAUAUCGAAAUAGCUACACUAAUCUAAUGAAUUUAUCUACCUAAAUAGAGUUUCGACGAACGCUGGUAUCUGCUUACAUAGUUUUAACUUACAUAGUUUUAACGGCAAGCUUGAUCCGAAAACUGUUACAGCUACAUUCUGCAAUUGUUGGCUAGCAAGCUACAAUAAAUUAGAGCUCUUUGUCACAUAGCUAGCUAACUCGACCAUGUGUCAGGUCGAUGAGGAAUACAAUGGACAGCUAGAACACAGAGUGACCCCACGUGUCUCCAAGAAGUGUGUCAAAUGCAAAGAAAAUACAGCGGUACUGAUCAUCCGAGCUGGAGAUGCAUUUUGCAGGGGCUGCUUCAAGGAGUACUUCAUCCACAAGUUCCGGGCCAUGCUGGGAAAGAACCGGGUCAUUUUCCCAGGAGAGAAGGUUCUUCUUGCAGUGUCGGGAGGGCCAGCCUCUAGCUCCAUGCUGUCACAGGUUCAAGAGGGUUUGAGUCGAGACGCACCCAAGAAGUUGAGAUUUGUCCCUGGAAUUAUCUACAUAGAUGAGGGCGGUGCCAGUGGUCAGAGCAUGGAAGAGCGGGAGAGGGCAGUGGCUCAACUGGAGUCAGUUUUCAGAGCCACUAAUCACCAUUACCACAUAGUUCACCUGGAGCAGGUACUCAGUCUCCCCAGCUCAGUGCUAGAGGCAGGAUCCUCGGCAACAGAAAAACCACAGACUGGGUCGAGUUAUAAAGCUGCUGUGGACCAAUUCAUCCAGACCAAGAAGAACCAGCAUCCAGACCUCUUUGUGGAGAAUGCCCAGAGUCACCUGUCCAGUCUGAGCAUGCAUGAGGUUGAGAAUGGAGUAACCAGCCCCAUCACCCCUGAACACACCCAAGCCCUUCAGAAACUGUUUGCCUCUGUGAGGACGCUGACAGCCAAAGAGGAUUUGCUACAUACACUGAGGCAGCACCUGAUUCUCCACACAGCGAGGACACAGGGCUACACCAAGGUGAUGAUGGGGGACAGCUGCUCCCGUCUGGCCAUCAAACUGCUCAGCAACAUCUCUCUGGGGCGAGGAGCAUCGCUGGCAACCGACACGGGCUUCUCAGAUCCUCGCUAUGGAGACGUGGUCAUUGUCAGACCCAUGAGGGACUAUUCCUCUAAAGAAAUAGCAUAUUACAACAGAAUGUUUGACAUCCCCUCCGUCUUUAUCCCUGGCCUGGACACGAAGGCACAAGACAAGGCCAGCAUCCAGCACCUGACAGAGAGCUUUGUCACCAAACUCCAGACUGACUUCCCCUCUACUGUCAGCACAAUCUACAGGACCAGUGAGAAGCUCCACACAGCAUGUCCCCCUCAGAACACACAACCCUUUGCUAAGUGCCUACUGUGUGUGUGCGCCUUGGACACUAAACUAGAGGAGUUCUCUGCCUACCAGGCUACACUGAUCUCAGAGCAGCUGUCUCAGAGGCGGGGCCCAAGCCCUGGGUUCACUCGUGGUUCAGCAGCAGCUCCAGGGCUGCCUCCAGCCUCCUUGGCAAGCCAGGGCCAGUGCUGCUCCUCUGGAGGGGGCCAGCAUCAGGGCUGUAUGAAUGGAGAGGGGGGCUGCUGCUCCUCUGCUAAGGAGCCAGAGACGGUGGAUCUUAAAAGCCUGUUGUGUUACAGUUGUAGACUGACCAUCAAAGACAUGACAGCAGAAGAUGCCCUUCCCCAGUAUAUACUGUCGGAGGCUGAGAGAAGGAAGAGAAGGUCUCAGAUGAGGGAGGAGAUCAGUGAGUUCCUGCUAGAUGAGGAAGAGGAUGAAGCCAUCCUGAGGGUCAAUGGGUCCUUGUGACUGCACAACAGCACUGCAGUGACGUAGUUCCCUUGGCAACUAUACAGCCAAGGCUGUUUGUCUCAAUAUAAACUAACACCAAUUGCUUUUAAUGAAUCAACUGACUGAGUAAAUAUUAUUUGGCUAUAAGACAAUAGGCUGAUUUAAACUGUAUUUUAACUGCACCAAAAAUAAAGCUGCUUUGUACAUGGCA